CCAGGUUUCGUGCCCCUCACCUAGCACGCACCACCACCUUAAUUCCUUUUUGACCCCACUCCGUGGCUUUGCUGGCCCCCAACAAAAGCAAAGCAAAGCAAAGCAGUAGGCAGUAGGCAGUAGCCACCAGCCAGCCAGCAUCUCCCUCCCUCCCGAUCGCUUGCUUGCUUCUCCGCUAAGGCAUGGCCGCCAUGGCCGUCGUCACCAGUAGCAGUAGCCCCGCCUACGUCGCCAAGCAGCCUCCCCCGCCGCCGCCGGGAAUCCACCACAACAAGACCGCGGGGUACCAAUCAUACAACGGCCACAACCACAUGUACCCGCCCACCGCCACGACGACGACGACGACGACGACUUAUUAUUGGGAGGAACGCCGGGCGCUCGACGGCAUCGUGCUGGCGCUGCGCGCGGCCGCCGCGCUGCUGUCGUUCGUGGCCGUGGCGCUGGUCGCGUCCUGCCGCCACGGCGACUGGAUGGAGUUCGCCCGCUACCAAGAGUACAGGUACCUUCUGGGGGCCUCCCUCGUGGCCUGCCUCUACUCGGCCGCGCAGGCGUUCCGCAGCUUGCGCCGGAUGCGCGCCGCCGCCUCCACCUCGGGAUCAGGAAUUCUCCAUUUCGCCGGCGACCAGGUGGUGGCGUAUCUUCUGAUCACGGCGGCGUCGGCUGCGCUCCCCAUCACCAUCCGCAUGAGGUCGGCCGUCAUCAACAUCUUCACGGACGCCAUGGUAGCCGCCAUCAGCCUCGCCUUCGCCGCCUUCGCAGCGCUCGCCUUCUCCGCCAUCAUCUCCGGCUUCAGGAUCUCCGCCGCCGCCGCCGCCGCGCAACCAUACUAGCGUACCAGCUGCAUGUACUGGACAGAUCUGGCGAUGAUAUAUGAUAUGUAGUGCUAGCUAGCUAGCUAGUUACACUUAUGUUCGAGGCUGGGAUUUCCCUUAAUCUAAAAAGUUAAAAAAAAGCUAGUUACACUUUGGUGAUGGCAGGCGCGAGUGUGGGUGGGUGCUACACAAACAAAUGAUGCAGUUGCUUUC